CACAAACUGACACUCAGAAAAAAAGUUGAUUCUUCGUUAUCAAUAAUAACUGAGAUCGGAGAAUCCAUUCCGUCAUCGUCAUCGUCGCCUUCUCCUUUGGUUUUCGCAUUCCUCAAUCUGUCAUUUUUGAAGAAUUCUUCUUCGCUACUAAUCCAAUGAGAUUGAGGUCUUGAGAAUCUGGAAUCCGGAAUCUCGUCAGCGGAUAUGGCCGGUUCUUCUCAGAACUGUGAAAUGAAGAUGGAAGGUUGGUUGUAUAUUAUCCGAUCGAAUCGGUUUGGCUUACAGUACUCAAGAAAGCGCUACUUCCUUCUCGAAGGUCACCUUCUCAAGAUUUUCAAGUCGAUGCCUGCUUCGAAUCUAGAGGAACCUGCUAGAAGUGUAACUAUAGAUUCCUGUAUUCGGGUCACAGACAAUGGGAGGGAGAGCAUACAUAGGAAAGUGUUCUUCAUAUUUACACUUUACAACAGUUCCAAUCACAAUGACCAGCUUAAGCUAGGAGCAAGCAGUCCUGAAGAAGCAGCUAAAUGGAUUCAUUCCUUUCAAGAAGCUGCUUUAAAGGAUGGUCCAGACCCAGGACAUCAUAUUGUUGGUUGUUCCAACGGCGGAUGGCAGUCCUUUAGAUCAAGUGAUUCAAGAGUGUCAUAUCACCAUAAUUCUAUAGACUGGACUCUUUCUUCAGCCACACACAUGGAUCAGGUGACCUCUGAUGUCAUUGCUCCUUCACCUUGGACAAUCUUUGGUUGUCAAAAUGGUCUUAGGCUGUUCAAAGAAGCAAAAGAUAGGGAUUCUCAUGGAAAGUGGGAUGAUCAUCCUGCAAUCAUGGCUGUUGGUGUGGUUGAUGGAACUUCAGAAGCCAUUUUCCAAACGCUUAUGUCUCUUGGACCCUCAAGAUCUGAAUGGGACUUCUGUUUCUACAAGGGUAGUGUGGUUGAACAUCUUGAUGGUCAUACAGAUAUUAUUCACAAACAGCUGUAUAGUGAUUGGUUACCUUGGGGAAUGAAAAGGAGAGAUCUUUUGUUGCGGCGUUAUUGGAGAAGGGAAGAUGAUGGAACAUAUGUUAUCCUAUAUCACUCAGUAUUUCACAAGAAGUGUCCACCACAGACGGGCUAUGUCCGUGCCUGCCUUAAAAGUGGUGGUUAUGUUAUAUCUCCAACAAAAGAUGGAAAACAAUCUGUUGUAAAGCAUAUGCUUGCUAUUGAUUGGAAAUUCUGGAAAUCUUAUCUGCGAACUGCUUCUGCCCGGUCCAUCACAAUUCGGAUGCUGGAGAGAGUUGCUGCCUUGAGGGAGUUAUUUAAAGCAAAAGAAGGAGAUUAUCCUUCUACUGAUCUUUCAUCAGGAGAGCUGACAAGAAAUGCUAGGUUGCUUGCCUCUGACAAGGACCAUGCGGUUGAUAUUCAAGCACAAAUGGAGCCUGGGAAGACUAAGGAAAAUAUAAGUGAAGGAGUAGAAAGGGCACCUUCAGAACGCUCGAGUCUGGUGGGCCUUAAUGAUUGUGUUGAUGAGUUUUUUGAUGUUCCAGAGCCAUCAGAUAAUGAUCAAUCAGAAGAUGGAUGGAGUUCUGAUUCUUCUUCAGAAAUGCAUCCUCAGGAUACCCGUCAUCCAAGGUUGUCGACUGCGGCUGUUUUUGUAAAAAAAUUGCACGAUCUUGCAGUUCAAAAGAGGGGUUAUGUGGACUUACAAGAGAUGACAAGGGAAGAUGGUGUAUCUUUCUGCUAUGGCAACACUCUUCCAAAAGAUCCAACUUGCUCUUUGCCUUGCAGUUGGACAACAACAGACCCCGCAACAUUUUUAAUUCGUGGAAAGAGUUAUCUUGAAGACCGGAAGAAGGUAAAGGCGAAAGGUACUUUAAUGCAAAUGGUUGCUGCAGAUUGGCUAAGAUCUGACAAGCGGGAAGAUGAUCUUGGAGGUCGUCCUGGGGGCAUUGUUCAGAAAUAUGCUGCACAGGGUGGACCAGAGUUCUUCUUCAUUAUAAACAUACAGGUUCCAGGCUCAACUACAUAUAGUCUAGCCCUGUAUUAUAUGAUGAAUACUCCUGUGGAGGAUUCGCCAUUGCUAGAGAGCUUUAUCAAGGGAGAUGAUGCUUACAGAAAUUCAAGGUUCAAGCUUAUUCCAUACAUAUCCAAGGGCUCAUGGAUAGUUAAGCAGAGUGUAGGGAAGAAAGCCUGCCUCAUUGGUCAAGCACUGGAAAUCAAUUAUUUCCAUGGGAAGAACUACUUGGAGCUUGGGAUUGAUAUUGGGUCGUCUACGGUUGCAAGAGGUGUUGUCAGUCUCGUUCUCGGUUAUCUCAACAAUCUGGUUAUCGAAAUGGCGUUCUUGAUACAGGCAAAUACAGAAGAGGAACUCCCAGAGUACCUUCUGGGAACGUGCCGGCUUAACCACCUGGAUGCAUCAAAAUCUGUACUAGUGAAACCAUGGUCAAAUUCACACGUUCAUAUUGGAAUCAAUUCUCAAGGCUGAACAGUUGCAAACAAGUGAAGAUUUGUUAGGUCUGCUUCUAUUCCUGUAUUCAAUCAAAACUGGAAUGAGCUUUUUCAUAUAUCAUUAUGGUGUUUUACUUGACAGAUAAUCAAAAUUCAUAGGAUUGAUAGGACUUAUAAUGGCGUUAAUUUUUCAGUUGCUGCUCAAUGUAGACUGCUAUAUAAAAAAAUCACCAAUCUUAGUUUCGAGUUUGAAUUUCACAUCCGAAGUUAGGGUAUUUAUUGCAGAGAACAAAAUCUCAUAUGAAAAAUCCUUUUAGAUUGUAUUAAGAAAGAAAUAAGCAAUUA